AUGGUUGCCCGGCAUAUGCCUUACGCUAUGUCUGCAUCCACAGUGCCCUCUCCCUCUAGCCUGAGAGCAGGCCACUGCGGAUUCAUCGAAGUCGACGAACUCGAGCUCGAUACAUCGAGCCUUCAUGCGCAUAUAGUCAGUCCUGGCGCAAGAGAUUCACUUCUCAAGCCUCAGCAGUCGCAACAUCCACACAGAAGUCACGACGACGCCGGUGCUUCCCUCCUCGCUGAUCUCCGCCGCCUCGCUCCCUCCGUUGCCAAGGACUUCCUCUCGAGGCCUUCAGCUCGGGAUGAUGCCGUCUUUCGCCUUAUCAACGACGUGUACUCGGAAGGAGAGGAGAAGUCCUACAUCGCCAUGAGCUACGUUUGGAACAAAGUCAGUCGGGAUAUACCGAAGAAGCUCAUCUCGCCUGUUGGCGAUCUGCCCUUCGGAUGGGUUCAGACUGUGGAGCAGUUCCCUCUUCCCACUACGAAAGGGAUGUUUCAGGCCGUGCUGAACGAGAGAAGGGCCGGCGAGGGCUUGUGGUUCGAUCAAGUCUGCAUCAACCAAGAAGAUGAGGCGGAAAAGGCGUUGGCCGUUGGCACUAUGGACUCCAUCUACAAGAAUGCACGCGUCGUGGUCGCAGCUUUGGACGACGUCUCCGUCACGGCGGAGGAGUUACAGUUCCUCGAGCAAUACUACCAUCAGUACAUCUUCUCGAAUCUGCCGUUAGAUCAACAUCCGAACCUCGGACUCAAUCCACCGGUCAUGCAACAGCAUCCUCUGUUCCGAUCUUUCGUAGAACGGGUACUUACUUCGAUGUGGUUUGAGAGAGCUUGGUGCGCGCACGAACUGCGCAUGGCACGAAGUCACGUAUUUCUUGUGCCUUGCGAGAUUGAGGCAGGAGAGGAGUCCGCAUACACAGUCAUUCGGUUUACCGGAGCUUUCUUCGUUCAUAUGCUUGUCCUUGCUAGUGAGGUCGUCACCUCUUCUGUGACGCAACAACAACUUCGGUCCUUGCUCCGACAAUUCUCAAACUCUUACCUUUCUAACGAACAAGAGGCUCUCGCUGUGCGUAAUCCGGAUCGUCAGCCGACACCAUCGCCACCACACUCUUUGGUACCUACAAUCUCAGAAAUUUUCAGCAUGAAGGCAGGAGGAAACCCAAGACUUCCAGAGUAUUUGCGGAGACUGGAUGCAAAUCGCGAUAAGAUGUCCAUUGUAUUGAACAUAACAGGUAUACCUUUGGUUCUAAAACCACCAUCACCUCUACAGCGGCCAGCACUGGAGGACGAAUGCGUACGCCAACUUCUCCUUGCGGGCUUAGCAGCGAGAGACCCAGUAACACUCUGCACGACAGGUGCACCAUUACAGCUCCACGAUGGUUCGAUAUCGUGGCUAUGCAAGCCAACGCCACUCGAUCUACCAUCCUCACACACUAUUCCCCUUCCAGCAUUCCCACAAGCAGCGAGUACGAUCACGCAAGGCUCAGACGGACGAGCAGAAUACAUCCAGCUCGAUCUCAUCUUCCUUGAUCUUCCACACCGCACGCUAUCGAAUCCAAAUUUCCCCCCAAUCGUGCACCGAGCACGCGAAUUCAUCGACAUCUGCAUACAACGCCAGGUGCAGAGCCACAUGUUGUGGAAUCUAUGGCAAACACCAAAUCAUCCACGAGCACCGGCUAUGCGGAACAUCUUUAUCCAGACACUGGCAUGUAUAUUCGACUGCGGCAUACCUUGGCUGCUAGACGUUGCUUCGCAGCCUUCCUUCCCAUAUGUUACUUCGGGACUAGACCCUGCCGCUAUAGAGAUGCUGUUCAACCCACAAGUCAUCCUUCACACCUACGUCAACGUUCCCUUUUUCUCCACGCUCCUCAACAUCAUCGGCUCGUUCAUCGCACAUGGCAUCCCAUGGGCCUCGGCCGCUAGUGAGCGCACUCACGGCCCGCUCAUCAUCUCCGCACCCUCGUUUGAAAAUCAACCUUCACCAACGCCUGUCUACACAGCUAUGCUCAAGAAAUCCCUCAUCUUCGCCCCCUUCGCACAUUCCAAAACACUCCUCGUCGCCGUCCCCGGUGCAGUCAAGAGCCCAGACUACGCCGCCCUGGCUCGCGGAUGGAUCCUGACGCCGAGUAAUCCGUACACAGGCAUGGGUACAGGCACAGGGAGUCCAAAGGCAGCCGUGAGCUGGGUGCUAAGAGGGAAGGGAACGGUGUUUGGGGAGCGGGAGUUUAAUGGUGCGUUGGGGGAGAGUAGGCCGGUGCAUGUGAGGAACCACAGGGUCUAUGGGCCUGGUGUCGGGGCUGCGUGA